AAUUUUUUAAAGAUAUUUAAUUACUCUGAGUGUAAAUAUUCAUUCCAAACAAUUUUUCUGGACCAAUCAGAUAAGGAGAAGGUCCUGAGUUAUUCUCCAGCUAAUCUUAAUAUACUUCCUGAUGAUCUGAAGCGCUACGUUGAACAGGACAACAGAUUAUUUGAACAAGAAAUAGAAAAAUGGGACACUGAACAAACAUGGAAGAAGGAUGUAACUACCAUGACAGUAGCCAGUAGUCAGUCUGGAGAUGAUGUGCUUCUAGAAGAAAAAAGUAUAGGAAAAAACAUUGGAAAUAGAAUUGUUCAGGCACAUACUGAGUAUAACUCACUCCAAGCUGAGCAUGCCUACCAAGUUCAUAAAGCUACCAUUGCUAAGGUCCAACAAGUAGCUGGCACUAUAUCCACCAAAGGACCAGAAGCAGGACUGGAUGAGGUAAGAUCCAAUAAGUGUUUUUCAUUGUAAGCAUUUUGAUCCUGAAGUAGA